AUGCCAGAGUCAGCCAAGUCCGUUCCUGCCCCGAAGAAGGGCUCUAAGAAGGCAGUGACCAAGGCGCAGAAGAAGGAUGGCAAGAAGCGCAAGCGCAGCCGCAAGGAGAGUUAUUCUGUGUACGUGUACAAGGUGCUGAAGCAGGUCCACCCGGACACCGGCAUCUCGUCCAAGGCCAUGGGCAUCAUGAACUCGUUCGUCAACGACAUCUUCGAGCGCAUUGCGGGCGAGGCGUCGCGCCUGGCGCAUUAUAACAAGCGCUCGACCAUCACGUCCAGGGAGAUCCAAACGGCCGUGCGCCUGCUGCUGCCCGGGGAGCUGGCCAAGCACGCUGUGUCUGAGGGCACCAAGGCUGUCACCAAGUACACCAGCUCCAAGUAAACUUGCCAAGUAAGCGUCUUUACACCUAACCCCAAAGGCUCUUUUAAGAGCCACCCACAUGUCCACAAAGAGAGUUGUAACCUGCUGCUUAUUUUCUAUAAGUUCAAGUUUGGCCAAAAGUACUGUGCAUUAAUUAGAAAACAAAGGUAGAGAAAUUUGUAAGUCCUAUUAAUGGGUCUAAGGAAUGACAAGCGAAGCUGUUAAAAGCACUGCCAGGUUGUUGGGUUUUGGCAUUGUUGUGUCAAAUGUUAUCCAUUACCUGUUGCAAUUAGGGGGUCACCGCAAGUAUAAAGUCAGCUAUUUUUUGAGUCCCAGUGAUCAAUGUACUGUAAUUGACCUACAGCUAUCUGAACAUGAAAAUUAACUGCGUAGGCGGCUGGUGGUUUGUAAUACG